AUGGCUGACUCAACAUGUAUCGGGGUCAGUCCUCAGGAUCUGACGGAUGAUCAGAUUCAACAACUGCUCCUUGAAGCAGAGAACAGACUACGGGGCCCUCAGGCAGUCGCCCCAGUCGAUGACCUCGCAUCCAUCAGAAUUCCCAAGCUGUCAACUGGCUCCUCACUAAAGGCCUAUGUGCGCCAGGGAGAUGAUGCGGUAACUAGCAAUGCUGCCAAGCUGGCCGAUCCCAUGCAGAAGAAGUUGGCCAACUCUCCUUACGCCGCUGGGAAGAAUGAAGUCAAAGAAAAGCCAAAUGCUGGGCCUGAGUGGUUCAACCUCCCCAAGACAGAAAUGACUGCCGAGUUGAAGAGAGAUCUUCAGCUCAUCCGCAUGCGUUCCGUGCUUGACCCUCACCGACACUACAAGAAGGAUAACGGGAAGGCCAACCCACCUGAGUACUCUCAGGUUGGAACUAUCAUUCAAGGUCCCACCGAGUUCUUCAGCAACCGCAUCACCAAGAAGGAUCGCAAGAAGAACUUCGUCGAAGAGACCCUGGCCCUAGAGCGUGGAACCAAGCGUUUCGAGAGAAAAUACAAGGACAUCCAGGCUGCCAAAACCAGCGGUAAAAUGUCUUUCUACAAGGAUUUGCAAAACAAAAGACGCCGAAACAACAAGUGA